AUGAUUCAUCACUGCUCCAUCACGAAACCUGCUCUCUCAGCUUCGAUCUCGACGCACAGGCAACGUCGUUCCACUAGCUUCUUCGAUUUCAGAGUCCGAUGCGGAUCCGGGGAUGCGUCGAAGCGGACCAAUGCGGUGUCCUUGUCGUCGGGGAAAGAGGAUUCGUCGUUGAAGAAGAAUAUGAUGGAGUCUGGAGUGAGAAAGAGCGAGCCUUACCCGGGGGGAAUGCCAAAGAUGGGUCCUUUCACGGGGAGAGAUCCGAAUGUGAAGAAGCCUGCUUGGUUGAGACAGAAGGCGCCGCAGGGGGAGAGGUUUCAGGAGGUGAAGGAGUCGUUGACUCGUCUCAAGCUCAACACUGUUUGUGAGGAAGCUCAGUGUCCUAAUAUUGGAGAGUGUUGGAAUGGAGGUGGUGAUGGUAUAGCUACUGCAACCAUCAUGGUUCUUGGUGAUACUUGUACUCGUGGCUGUAGUCUUUGA